AACAGCCAGGGCCGGGCCAGGCCACAGACAGGAACCUGGACUGAAUCUGGGUCUCUCAUGUGGAUGACCGUGAUGAAGAUUUGAGCCAUCAUCUGCUAUCCAGUGUUUGCAGAAGCAGGAAACGAGAGUCAAGAGCAGAACCAAGACUUGAAACCAGGACAAUAGAAUGGUCAUAGAAGAGUUCACAGAAGCCUGUCCAGGCCAAAGGAGAGCUUCAAGUGGAAUUCUGCAGGCAAAUGGAGAUGAGAAAAUGUUACCAAAAUUCCCAUCCUUGUCAAUGCUGCUGAAUCAGAAUAAUGAGGCCGAGAUCUGAGGGUGGAGGAAAGAGAGAGACUAACUCACCAGUGGACCAGGACAGCAGCACAGACUGGGGUCUCAAUACAUACUGUCCCACUCAGUGAGUGAGUAUGGUCGGGGGCUUUUAAGGAGUGCAAAGUGUCGGGGGGUUGCACUGCUGAGAACAUGACUGUGGGCAGUCAGGUGCUGAAGCCGGCUGUGGGUCUGAUAGAGUGUUUCAUCAGUCUCAGAUGUCUGUGCGGUUCCUUGAGAACCUUGCUUGGUGGUUUGGCUUUAUGGUGAGGAGAGCGCCUGUGCUCUGUGCUGCCAAGCAGCUACACGAUGUUGUUUGGCUGGGACCUGAAAGAGGCAAGGUGGCAAGGUUUCAGUGUUUCAUUAACCAGGAUGAAGCCCACUCAGCCUAGAGUCGACGCUUCCUGUGCCCUUGACGAUUCCCGAGCCUGUUCACUGUGCUCCAGUGGACACACAGUGCUCCAGUGGUCGUGCUGGCUGGGGGUGCCAGGUUACUUUGCAACUUCGGCUGGCUUCCCCAGAGUCGGUUUCUGCCAGCACUAUUUGCUUGCACAGACACUCUAGUUAGUAACAAGCCCAGCAGCUAGCUGGCUUUUGUUCCCUAGAAUAUGAAAAGGAAAUGAAAGAUGUAUGUUAGGCCGGCGCCGUGGCUCAACAGGCUAAUCCUCCGCCUUGCGGCGCCGGCACACUGGGUUCUAGUCCCAGUCGGGGCGCCGGAUUCUGUCCCGGUUGCCCCUCUUCCAGGCCAGCUCUCUGCUGUGGCCCAGGAGUGCAGUGGAGGAUGGCCCAAGUCCUUGGGCCCUGCACCCCAUGGGAGACCAGGAGAAGCACCUGGCUCCUGCCAUCGGAUCAGCGUGGUGUGCUGGCCGCAGCGCGCCAGCUGCGGCGGCCAUUGGAGGGUGAACCAACAGCAAAAAGGAAGACCUUUCUCUCUGUCUCUCUCUCACUGUCCACUCUGCCUGUAAAAAAAAAAAAAAAAAAGAUGUAUGUUACAUGGUUACAGAAGCUGGUGUGAUCUGAUCAAGCUCAGAGUCUAGGACACAGAGACUGGGGCUGGAAUCCUGGCGUUUUGAGCCCUGCUCCUCAAGUAUAACUGCUGUCUUGUCCGUUGGCUUUUAUGCUGUGUCAUGGCGAGUAAUUAGUUUCUUUCCACAUCCUCUCUACUCCAUCCAUGCUCUGAAGGCAGGGACCUGGUCUCCUUCCCAUCUGUGCCCACACACUUAGCCCCACCCCCCAGUUGUGCUGGGUCCACGGCUGAAUUCCAGGUCGCCAGAGCGACAGGACCUGACCUCACACUGGCAGCUCUGAGUCAGGCCCCAGAGGUUCUGCAAGGAGCAGAGCCUCCUAGUUCCUCGAGUGAAUAUAGGUUGGAGAGGCUGGGCUGUAGCUAAGCGUUUCCUUCCGUUCACAUGACAGACAGUUUUAGAACGAUGGACAAGAUUCAAAGCUCUUUCACUUUUCUGAUUUUGUUUUUAAUGGAAUGCCCUCUACAUGUAUGCUUGUCUUAUGCCAAUGGGUUCCAAUCAGUUGAAAAAACAACGGAAUUACCAGGUAACUUCAACAAUUGGUCUUACUUGUCUCAGGGAAUUAAAACAGUUUCAGAGGACAUAAAAAGAGGACAGUUAAUUAUUUCACUGCUACAAGUUUUCUUUUUAAGGCCAAAACCCACCACAAACACCCAUCCCUGUCAACAAACAAUCCAAACCGAACUAUGGUAUAAUCCGAACAGGGUGGUCACGGAUAGUCUGCGUCUCAUCUUUGACAAAUUAGACAGGGGCCCCCUCAAGGCAGUUGGAUCAGUGACGCCAUCUGGGGCAGAUUGGAAAGUAGCCCAGUUCCAGGGGCAAACGUCUCUAAUCCAAUUGCUCUUCUGUUCAAUUUGUACAAAGAGUAAUUCUGUGGGUUUAUUUAUUUAUUUAUUUUUAGUUUCAGGUCUAAUGAAGAAGACUGAUACACCAGAGCCUUCAAAGAACAACUAUGGUUUUAUGGCACAUUCUUUAGCUCUAAGAAGUGACACUUGGAAUACAGCAAUAAUUCCACAUAGACCUGCUCUUGUUCAAGUCAUUUUAGUUGCAUGUAUAGCCUUCGGCAUUGCUGUGACGUGUGGGAUUGCAAUCUCCUAUGUGAUAUAUAGACUAGUCAAAGCCGAGGAAAGCCAGCAACUUGCGCUGCUUUAUGAAAACGUCAAGAUCUCGUUCUUAGAGGAAGAGGAGGGCUCUGAGGAUGACUCCCGCCAGGAUGAGUCCACUCACCUGCUUCCAGAGAAUGAGAAGGAACUGGGGAAGUUCAUUCAUUCAGUUAUUAGAGCAAAAAGAAAGGAAAAUUUUGAAAAGAAGAAAUUGAGGGAAGAGCAAAAGGUAAAAGACAAUGCAACAAGGAAGGCUAUGCAGAAUUCAAAAAUUGGAAAUUUCUGAAAGGAAACGAAAGAGCUACAGGAGGUGCUAGCUGAUGCAGAGAAGGCACAGGGAUGACAAGCGAUGGCGAACCUGAGCAUGACUGCUCCCAGGAACUUUGUAGAACAGCGCUCUAAAGAAAGGAGCGCUGGACAUAUUUAACGAAAUAAAUUCAUGUGACACAGGAAUUCUUGUUUCUUAGCUCCUGCAAUUUGUGAAUAAUUAUGACUUAACUGGAAAAUAAGAAAAAAAAUAA